UGAGCAACCGCCCUUGCCACACACACUCUGUCGCCUCACAUCGUUAACCAUCGACACACACCCCCCUCCCCCCCAACACGUGGAGGCAGCCUCAAUCAACCUCUGGGUCCACGAAGACGAGCGACACCUCCUCUGUCCUUGACACUUCAGCCACACCUUCGCCCCACAUGAGAAACCCAAUCCGGCCAUAGAGGCUGACAGCCCAGGCAGCAAACAGCACGAGAGAGAAGGUCGCGUCAAGAUUCAGCCCCCACAGGUUCUCCCGGUCCAGCCACCUCCGCAUGGCGAUGUACGCGAGCGCGGCGCCCAUGCUGAGCCUCCCAUUGAUGUCUCUCACUUGCGCGUAGAACGAGAGCACUCUUCUCCUCCUCUGUCCCUUCCUGCUGCUGGCGGCGGCGGUGUGUGUCUCUUUGUCUUCGAUAAGGGGCGCAGACUCGUGGUCGCUCUCUUGCUGCUGUUCUUGCCGUUGCUUUUCUCGCGCGACGACCGACGAAAUGCGCAGCUCGUUGAGGGUCGUGUCGAUGCCGAAAGCAUGAGAGAGGAUAGCCACGAGCGAGACGAUCCCCGUCAAGGUGGCGAUCAGGAUGUGCCGCCCUGUGUGUGGGUUGCUGUUGAUGGUGACCAGCAGGCAGAAACAGGUCAUGCAGCUGCUGACGAGGUGCACCAGAGCCGCCAUGGCCAGCAGCAGGGAGCAGUUGAGGACCCUCCUGGCCACCAUGGGCUGCUCCUCGGCGCUGCUCGAGGCAGCGGUGGACCGGACGGUCCGGACGGCAGUCGGCACGUUCCCACCCUCACCGUCUGAUGGUGGAGAUGUGUCUCGCGUCAUGACCCACACGCGCCCCUCGGUCAGCUUCCGGAUGACGCCCCACAGAGGCAGCACCGCCACAAAGCUCAUGUAAGCUGUCUCCAAGCAUCAACACAGCAUCAACACAAGCACAUACGUCUCUCUCUCUCUCUCUCUCUCUGUGUGUGUGUGUCUGUGUCUGCCUGCGUACGUCCGAGCAGCACGAGUACGGCCAUGCACAUCUGCGCCAGUGCGUGCAGCCAGGGCUCCUCGAUCACGGUGCACCACCACGGCGGCACCGCGUCGAAGUGGGGGCCGGCCGAGCCGAGGAGGGGCAACAGGGGCAGCAGGAGAAAGGGCGCCACACACAUGAGUGUGAAGACGGCUAUCUCCAGCCAUGCCAGCUGAUAGGUUGAGGGCAGCAGCUUUGCAAUGGCAGUGCCGUCGGGGGAAGAGAACGAUGUCAU